CAGGAGUAUCUCCGCAUGUUGCCACAAAUAAUUGAGUACAGUGAUAACACGGUAGCAACAUACUCAUACUGUUAUCAUUUUAACUCCCCACCGAAAGUGUAUCUCUGGCAACAGGCAUCUCUGCUGCCCUGCCCUGCGAGACCUCCUGCAGGACUUAAAAUCCAAAACUUUAACACAAAUAAGGUGGGGGUGGACAUUGAUUACAACAAAAGAAGGUGAAGCUUCUUUAUGGAUCUGUUUUUAAAGUGUCAUCUCACAGAACUCAUCCCUGCAUCCCCAUCAGGAAGGAGCUGCACCCUCGCAUCUCACUGUAAUAUUGCUUAAGGGAGGCCAUGCUCCACAGGGGUCAGCCUCUCAGUGCUGGUGGAGCCUGUCAUGAUAAAAUUCCCUUUCUAGGCACCUGUUCCGCAGAGAGCGUAAUCCUAUGUGUGUCCUAAUAGUAUGGAGCAGUUUGCCAGGGCUGCCAUAACAUGGCACCCUCACUGAAGGGCUUAACCACAGAAAUCUGGUUCCUCACAAUUCUGGAGACUGGAAGUCCAACGUCAAGCUGUCAGCCUGGGGUGGUUUCUUUGGGCCUCUCUCCUUGCCUUGGAGAUGGCUGACUUCUAUCUCGGUCAGUACAGGGUCUUCUCUUCAACUUCUCUGUGCGCUCACCACCUCUCCUUGUUAGAACCCCAGGCAUAUUAAAUUAGGGGCCAGUCUAAUGAACUCACUUCACCUCAAUUACCUCUUGGAGUACUCUGUGUCCAGACACAGUCAUAUUUUCUGGGGUUGAGAAUAGAAACAGUUACUUUUGGGGGAGGGAACACAAUUCAACCCAUAAAAUAUACAAAUCCCCUGUGGAAGACACACACCCGGGAAAGGGAUAUCUGGGUGAAAAGAUAUGGAGAUAGCAAGUUUCAACAGCUCUAGCCAGUUGACUUUCCAAAAGGGCUCCAGCUGGUCACACGGUCACCAGCAGCCUCUGAACGUAGCUCCGUCUCUGAAUGCAGCCUCCCCUGAAUACUAACACGCUUUCAACUUUUUACCAGUCUGCUGUCUGGAUGGCAGAGAAAAUCACCUAGUUUCAUUUCCACUUUCAAACAUACAUUUGCUUAACCUUUCACGGCUUCAGUAACUGCCUAAGUUUUCUCUUCCCCGAGUCGCCUGGCAAAUCCUGGGCCUUGGGAUGCACUUUCUCCCACUCAAGAGUCUUCCAGAAUUUUCCACUUGGCCAGGGCUGGGAUGGCCAAAACUGUUUCUCCAGAAUCACGUUCAUGUUAAAAGAACAAAAACAAUCAUAUCCCUCUUGUCCUGUGUGCUGUCGCUAAAAUGAGGAGGGGAUGAGGCCUCCCCAGGCCCUUCCCCUGCGUAUCAGAAGUGGAGCCUCAGGUGGCCUAGAGGGAAUUUCAUCCAGUCCUCCCCAUGGAAGGUGUUCCCUUCUGGCCCGGGUGCUGCUGAGCAGACAUUUGACAUCCAAAAGCCCAUGUCUCUUCUCUACCAUGAGGGUGAUUUUUGAGGAUUGAAGGGAUGAUGCUCUUCAUGUAGGCUGUUGAUACAGAGGGCGCCCUUGCCCCACAGCUGAGAAACACCAUGACGAUGCCUUGAAGGCGUGAAUCAUUUUAUCACUUCUCCAUCCUCACAUACAAUUUUACUUGGAAAGCCUAGAAGCCUUUUCACCAUGGGCAAUUAGGUUCUCCACAUGCACAAGUCCCCGAAGGGCUGGUGCUUCUUGGUGUGACUUCCAGAUCGCGAUCCUCUGGUGGUUCAUGGUGUUACCACUGACUCCCAUGUCCCUCCUUGUCACCCUAGUAUGAAAAUGAGAUCUGCAGGAUGCCAACUUUCCAGCCCGGCACAGGGGAGAUGCUGUUGGACUCCCUGGUUCCAGCCUUGCUAACUAAACCCAUCUCCUCCUAUGCCACCUGCCUGGGCCCCUCCUGGGACUUUAUCACCGUGCCACACUUUUUGGAACUGCUGGUUAGAAGGUGAGUGUCCAUCCCCUCCAAGGCACGGAGGAGCCUCUGUGCCCUACUGGCUGAGUCUUGAAGAUGCAGCUUUCGGAGCCUCGGUUUGCUCCUCUGGAACAGGGAGUAGCCAGAAGAUGAGCCUCACAGGGUUCUUGUGGGGACUGAAUGAUCUAAGACAUGGCAAACAAAGGGGUCACUAGAGCCUAAAACUCUGGAAAAUUUGCUGGGGGUGCUGUGAUUCAUGUUUAUUACUUUUCUCCUUCACUGAAGCAGCUAUCAGCAUUCUGCCUCAAUGGCCCAUAUCCUUCGCUGUCUGGAAAAACACAUAGCAAAGCAAAUCUACCAUAGCAUUGGUAAAGGAUGUCUGAGAUUCCUUCUGGCUGGUCUUCUUGACACAGACAGAAGAAGGGUCUCUUGGUGCUGAAAAGGGAGCCGCAGGCCCACAGACAACUGGAGAUGCUCACUGGGGUUCUGAACUGGUUGGGGUUCACACAUUCAACACAUACAUACAAAACACCUCAUUUGUGCACCGCUCUUCUUAUGGCUUGGCAUUAUGUCAUAAACAAAGCAGAUGACAAUCCCUGGGCCUCGAUUCUACUUAAGAGUCAGGCGCUCACAGGAGACAGAAUAACCAGGUCAUAUCUACAGAAUGUUAGAGGUGAAACCCUCAUGGCCUCUUCUACAUAUGGUGGCAUCCUCCCAGAUUCUGACUAGAAUGACGGAGCCCAGCAACAAGUAUACACUGGGUGGAUUUAGGGUUCUGAAGGGCCUUUUCACCCACAAAACAUGGGGGAAAAGAAUGGACUCUGGCUGGGGAGACACUCAAGGAGCCCUGGGGCACAUACCUCUUAAAAUUCCCACGAGAAAGCUGACAUCUGGGGACUUCCCCCGCAAGAAGCAAAUAGUGAGUUCUGUAAAUGGAGACUUAGGUGCCCUGCAAAGGAGAGGUGAGGCCGGGGUCACAGCUGGCCACUGACUCAUCCCCAGCACCAUGGCGUCCCAGCUCUCCCUGUCUUCCUCCACUCUACGUCUGCCCCCACCCUCCUAACCCCAGGACCAGGGGACCCAGAGCUGGAGCUUUCAUGAGCAACCUGCUCACAAAUCUCCCGGGAGCUGCCAUCUUGAGUGCCCAGGUGCACAGUGCUGUGCUCCAGGGCCUUUGGGAAGAGAAUGUCUGUAGGACGCUGGGGCACAGAAGGGUCUGUACAGUCCUGCUGCAUGGCCAGGUCUGCCCCUUCCAGGUCACCACUGAUGGCUUGGGGGUAGGAACCAUCACCUGCGUUUUCUUCACCUGGCCCCUUGAAAAUACUUCACUGUGCUAUCAGCCCCCGCAACGGUCAUCUUUCCAGAUAAAGCUGGCCUUCAGGAACUUCACCAGGCCUGGACUGGGCGUGGAGGACCACCAGGAACUUGUCCUAGGCCAGUUGCUGCCUCCGGAGCCCAACGAGGCCAAGCCAGAUGAUCCUGCUCCACAUCCUGGGCCACACGCAUUAACAAUGCCGGCCCUGGAGCCAGCACCACCACUGCUGGUGGAACUGGGGCCUGCUCUGGAGCCAGAGUCACGUGCGGCCCCAGAUGCACCAGGAUAUCUACAUUCACCACCAGCACCAGCACCAGGCGAAGGGUCUGCUCCAGUGACAGUGCUAGAGCCACAGUCAGCCCCAGAGUCCCCCUGUUCCUCUCCUGUAAACAGCCAACCCACUGAGGAGCUGCCUGAUGUCACGACCUUCCCUCCCAGGCUGCUGGCAGAGCAGCUGACCCUUAUGGAUGCGGAGCUGUUCAAGAAGGUGGAGCUCUACGAAUGUUUGGGCUCCAUCUGGGGCCGACGAGCUAAGAAGGGGAAUGAGCACGUGGCACCCACAGUUCGUGCCACCAUCGCACACUUCAACAGGCUCGCCAACUGCGUCACCACCUCCUGCCUCGGGAACCACGGCAUGAGGGCCCAGGACAGGGCCAGGGUGGUGGAGCACUGGAUCAAGGUGGCCAGGGAGUGCCUAAGCCUCAACAACUUCUCCUCGGUGCACGCCAUCGUCUCUGCUCUGUGCAGCAACCCAAUACAUCGGCUACACAAGACAUGGGCAGCAGUGUCCAGCAAAAGCACAAAAUAUCUAAAACAACUCUGCAAAACAGACACUGCAGUGAAGCGGGACCUGCUGAUCAAAGCGGGGAGCUUUAAGGUGGCCACCCAGGAGAGGAACCACCAGAGAGCCCAGAUGAGGCUACGGAGGCAGAAGAAGGGUGCGGUCCCCUUCCUGGGGGAUUUUCUGACUGUGUUACAGAGGUUGGAUUCGGCCAUCCCGGACGAUCUGGAUGGCAACAUCAACAAGAAGAGGAAGGAGGUCCGAGUUCUGCAGGAAAUGCAGCUGCUCCAAGUGGCUGCCAUGAAUUACAGGCUUCGGCCUCUUGAGAAAUUUGUUACCUAUUUCAAAAGACUGGAGCAGCUCAGUGACAAGGAGAGCUACAAGCUUUCCUGCCAGCUGGAGCCCAAAUCCCAGUAGGCCAGUAACAUCCUGCAGUGGCUGGGACCCCACCGGGAUGUUGGCCAGAACACCGGCUCUGCACCAUCCUUCACCCAGACCGUGACACCAGGGAACCACAUCUAGGAGGCUGGCAGCUCAGCUGCAUCCGGUCCCUGCUCCUUAAAACCAGCUGCUCCUGCUGGCCAGGAUCAGGCCAUGGGUCUUUUGCGAGUCAGGCGGGAGACUAUUUUAUGUUUACUUUCUUUAGUGUAUAAGUAAGGUUUUUUUUUUUCUAAGCUUUCAUUAAAAUAAAAUUUCAAAAUGCUAU